UCUUAUUACUAAUGUCGAGAAUAAAGGCAACACUUACAGUGAGAUGCAACUGUAGAUCUUUAUAUCUUAGAUAAUUCUCAUUAUAGCCGUUCGUAAUAUGUAUCUUAUGUUAUAUUUUAGACGGAGAGCUAAAGGAUUAGCAAUCGGAUUAACUAUGACCGGACUGUUUGUCGUAUUUUUGAAAACUUCGAUAUACGAAGGAGUGGAAACAAUCCAGGGUGGUGUAUUCAAAAUAGAAAUCAAGGACAGUGUCUCAAAUGAAUCUCUUAAUUUUCGUAAUAUGGCAAACAUUGAUAGGCGCUCGUCCAACUUCACUUCUCCAGCGGCAAUACCUAAACAAGAUGGAGGAAAAGCAGAAUCUGAACAAUUAAAAACUGUUACUUUAAAGCAACUUAUAGAGACUAAUAAGAAUAUAUAUGAAAAUGAUUCAAAAGAGAAGCAAUUAAGUGAUACGUUUCUGCGAGCGUUAAAUCGUUCCUAUAAAGACGUAAAAAAGCAGAGUUUUGAUUCCUGCAAGAAUCUGAUAUCCGAGAUUAAACUACGUCAUGAAAUCAAGUAUUUUGUGUUUCGAUAUGGAUAUGACCCAUUGCCUAUAGAUGUGACCAUAUUAUCGCAUAUUACUCUUAACAGAGGUAUAGAUAGAAUUGCGACGAUUCUUGCAAAAUGGCCUGGUCCUGCAAGUAUAUCUGUUUUUGGAACUGAUGACGAGAUUAAAACGUUUCUGCAUACGACACACUCUUGGAAACGAAACAAUAUUGGAAUACACGUAGUAUAUCAACGGAAUGCAAGAUACUAUCCAGUAAACUUUAUGAGAAAUGUCGCUCUCUAUGGUGCUAAUACUUCCCAUAUUUGGAUGAUUGAUGCCGACUUUACUCCAAAUAAGGAUGCAUACCAGCUUAUAAAGAAACAUAUUCACAAAUUCAAUUGGAACGCAAGUAGACCGGCAUUGGUAACACCAGCAUUUGAGACGAACCUAACUGAGGGUGGAGUACCCGAUAAUAAAACGCAACUGUUGGAGAAACUGAAACAAAAGAAUAGAACAAUACAUACAUUCAGCUUUGCGAGGUGCCCCGGUUGUCAUAGUAGCACAAACUGGUCGCAUUUUAUGAAAGCUACCAAAACGUAUAAGAUAGAAGUUAGUGAAAAUUUCGAACCUUAUGUUGUUCUGCAAAGAAAGACUGUUCCAGUUUAUGACGAACGAUUGAUUGCUAGGCAUAUGAACAAAAUACUUUACGAUUAUGAAUUAUUUGUUUUGCAGUAUGAGUUCCAUGUGUUGCCGGAUGUUUUCAUUGUUCACGAGCCACACGAACGGAUAAUUCAGCCAUAUACUGAACAAAUAUGUUUGACCCGAAUUGGACAAAUUAUAAAAACGGAACUAUUGGCGAAAAAGAAAUAUUUUGAAAAUUAUAAAUACGAAAAUGUAAAUCGGAUAAACCCCCUGUAG